UCUGGGCACUGGUGGGUGGCAUUGGUGGGCACAGGUGGGUGGCACUGGUGGGCACAUGUGGGUGGCACUUCUGAGCACAGGUGUGUGGCACUGCUGGGUGGCACAGGGGGGUGCACUGCUAGGCACAGGUGGGUGCACUGCUGGGCACAGGUGGGCGCACUGCUGGGCACAGGUGGGUGGAACUGGUGGCUGGCACUGCUGGGCACCGAUCAUCAGGGCACUGAUCAUCAGUGCCCUGAUGAUCGGUGCCGAUCCCUGCUCUGACAACUGCCGGUUUCAUCUCGGCAGUACUUUCCUCAAGCUCUGACAGCGUGAGGAAAGUGCAGCCGAGAACCAGCAAUUGCAU